AUGAGGGACACGUCCCGCCGUGAUCCUCCCGGCGGGCUCACGUUCUUAUUCAACAGGCCCGCGUCUUUAUCGCGGGCGAAGACAAAUAAAUCGAUGUGUGCUUCAACGUCUAGGAGUAGGGGGUGGACGUGUACCUAUGAGACUGUGCCGGCUGGCGCCGAGGCUGGGCGCGGGCGGCGAGCCGGCCGCACGCAGCGCGCCGAGCGCGCCGCCGCCACCGCCGCCGCCCAGAGGGCCGCCCUCCAGCGCACCUGCAACAACCACGGCCGUCACAAGCGGCUCACGGAAGCGACGAGAGCUCCGAAAUCUCUAAUUCGUGAGGGUCUGGUCCUCGACUAUUUCGGCGAUGCUGUAAUAACUCCAAUGCACGAUUAUGUUUUGGGGGGCAAUUUACUC